AUGGCAGACCUUAAACCACCCUUUAACGAGGAGACUGCGAAGAAAAAGGUCAAAGCCGCCCAGGAUAUGUGGAACACGCAGGAUCCUGCCCGAGUCGCUCGGGGUUACACACCAACCUGUAUCUGGCGUGUUCGAGACUCCUUUUUUGCAGGGACAGAGUCUAUCGUUGCAUUCCUGACAGCAAAAUGGAAUCGUGAGCGCAAUUAUCGACUUCGUAAGGAACUCUUUGCGUUCGGGGAUGAUCGCAUCGCUGUGCAGUUUUGGUACGAGUUUCAGGAUGCGGAGGAUGGGAUGCGCUGGAAGCGAUGCUACGGGCUGGAAGAUUGGACUUUUGAUCUUGAGACGGGGAAGAUGCGCAAGCGUAUGAUGAGUGGGAAUGAUGUACUGAUCGGACCGGAGGGAAAUGGCGAGGGACGGUGGUUUACAGAUGGGGUUGAUGUGAACGAUGUACCUAUUAGUGAGGAACAUUGGUGA